AUGCCAAUGGAGGAUUUUUUGCUACAAUGUGAUGAAAUCACAUCCUUUGAGGAGGAUCUGGUGGCGUCGGAUGCAUCAAUUUAUAAUGAGGCAGCUGUGGAGGCCGAGAGGGCGGAGCUGCAGAGGAUAUGGUCGGAAUGGAGGCAUGCUUAUAAAAAGUGCAUGGAAGAGCCCGAAUGUGCCAAGAAAAAUAAGGAAGUUCUCAAGACGAAGAAGAAGGCCGCUCAUCAGAGUUAUAUAAAAUGUACGAGUCUCCUGGGAGAGAGGAUGGAGAAAGUAAAAGUUGUCCCGAGUACUGUCAGCCAAAGACCGUCGUCCUCCGUUGUGGUUCCUCCGUGUGAUACGGAAGUUUUUGAGGGAGAUUAUCUUUCAUGGCCCAGCUUCCGAGAUCUUUUCACGGCUAUCUACGCUACCAACAAAAAGCUUAGCCCGGUGGAAAAGCUCUACCAUCUUUUCCAAAAGACGAAGGGGGAAGCAAGGGAAAUAAAUCGUCAUAUUCCCUUAACGGCGGAAGGAUUCACGAUUGCCUGGGAUAACCUACGCAAUCAGUAUGAGAACAAAAGAAUUUUAGUAAAUUCGCAGCUGAGGAUACUUUUUAAUUUGGCCCAUUGUGGACAAGAGUCUGCUAGUUGUCUCAAAAAGUUACAGCGGGACGUGACCAAUUGUAUUACGGUCUUGGAGCUCUAUAAAAUUAACGUGAAGUCGUGGGAUCCGAUUUUCGUCUACCAGUGCUCUUCUAGAAUGCCCAAGCUUACGUUGUCUCUAUGGGAGCAGUCCAUAGCAAAUAGAACUGAGUUGCCUCGCUGGGAAGAUUUAAACAAAUUUCUAACGGAUAGGUUUCACGCCCUAGAGAGUGUGGCGGACAUAACUUCGGCGAAUGGCGCGCAGCCAAGUCAAGUGUCUCGGCCGAAAGUAAGCCAAUUCGAAAAGUCGAAACAAUUUAAAGUCCAUCACACGAAGGUGAGCGAGACGAAGUGCAGUUUGUGUAAAGGGACACAUACUUUGAAGUCUUGCCCGAAAUUCCUGAGCAUGGAAUUCAGGGGUAGAUUGAACGUGGUUAAGAGGGAAAAUAAAUGUUUAAAUUGUUUGACUCAUGGCCAUAGAGCGUCAGAGUGUAAGGCGCAGGGUUGCCCCAGGUGUAAAGGAAGACACCACGUCCUUUUGCAUAAGGACAAAAGUUCUCAAAAUAAUGGCCCGAGUGUGAAUGAAUCUCCCAAUGUGUCUCAUGUCGCUUCGUCGAGUUCGAAUGUUGCCUCUAGUCCGACAACUUCCGCAAAUGGACGAAAUUUUCACACAUCAGUCUCAAAGAGAACAAUGCUUGCCACAGCGUGGAUAGAUAUUUUGAAGGAUGGGGCUUCAUACAAAGUCCGCGCAUUGGUUGACCCGUGUUCGGAUGACACUUUUGUGUCCUCUAGGGUUCAGAGGAAGCUGAAGCUGCCCACUACUUCGGUCUCGGCGGAUGUUUCCGGUUUAGGGGGUGAGCAUCUAACUAAAUGCUCAAAGGUUGCUUCAAUCACGAUUGGCUCGUGUAAAAAUUCAUCGUUUGCUCUUGAUUUGGAGGCCUUCGUUGUCCCAGAAAUCACUGGAGACAUUCCCACUCAACCGUUUGAUGAGAUUUCGUCGGAUCAACUGCCUGAUUUGGAUUUUGCGGAUCCGAAAUUUUAUGAGAGUGCCCCAGUCGAUGUAUUAUUGGGAGGAAAUGUAUAUCCCAUUAUUUUGCUGAAUGGCGUUAAAAAGGAUAUUCUUGGCUCUCUCUUGGCUCAGGAAACAGUGUUUGGCUGGAUUUUGACCGGCCCAGCAACAAAUUUGGUCGAUCGCCAACGGGUCAGGGUUUCAUAUUGUUCGAGGGUUGAUGUCAAAGAUGAGUUGACCAAGUUCUGGGAGAUAGAGGAAGUUCCCAGAGUGCCUGUUGUCUCAGAUGAUGAUCGUAAGUGUGAGGAAAUAUUCCGAUCGACUACAAUCCGUGGCCCUGAUGGAAGAUAUGUAGUGGAUUUACCAUUCCGAACUGAGUUGCCUUUCUCUGUCUCUAGUAAAUCUAGUCGAUAUGUGGCCCUGUCGCAAUUUUUGCGUAACGAAUUGUCAUUGGCACGAAAUCCCGAGCGAAAAGGGGAUUACGAUGAAGUGAUUCUGGAAUAUUUGGCUCUAGGUCAUAUGGAGAAGGUCCAGGGCUUAGUCGAUUACAAGGACUGUUAUUAUUUGCCUCAUCAUGGCGUUUUUAAGCCCGAAAGCGCAACGACGAAGCUGAGGGUCGUAUUUAAUGCCUCUUGUCCUUCGGUGGAAGGAAGGAGUUUAAAUGAUGCGUUGUAUGUUGGCCCUACGUUGCAAAAGGACAUUAUUUCGUUGGUCCUAAAUUGGCGCGUAUAUAAAUACGUCUUCAAUGCGGAUAUAACCAAAAUGUAUCGUCAGAUAUGGGUGAAUCCGAAUCACUGGAGAUAUCAGCGCAUAUUGUUUAGACCUACCCCAGAGCAUGAAAUUGCUGAUUACCAGCUAAAAACGGUGACGUUUGGUGUAAAUUGCGCUCCUUAUUUGGCCCUUAGGACGCUUCUAAAGCUGGCGGAUGAUGAAGAAUAUCGUUUCCCUGUUGGCUCUAGAAUUUUGCGAAACAAUAUGUAUGUGGAUGACGCUUUGGUAGGCGUACAUACUGUCCCGGAGGGGAUAAAGGCUCGAAAUUCAUUGAUUAAUAUUCUAAGUUCCGCUGGCUUCGAACUAAGAAAGUGGGCGUCGAAUUCUAAGGAGAUCUUGAAAGGUUUGGCCCGUUCUGAUCUACUAAAUGAUGAAUUUUUGGAACUAGGGGACAAAAGUUCGGCGAAAACGUUGGGCAUUCGCUGGAACGCUUCAACGGAUUCUUUCUAUUUCGUGAUGGACAAAAUAGAAGAAAGAAGUUUUUAUACCAAGAGACAGGUGCUUUCGAUUAUUGCCAAAAUUUUUGACCCUUUGGGAUGGCUCUCGCCCAUAAUUGUCACUGCGAAGAUUCUUAUGCAGCAGUUAUGGUUGGACGAUAUUGGAUGGGACGAUCCUUUGAAGCCCCUUUCUCUUCUAAAUUGGAAAGCCUUUGUCUCAAGUUCUGAAGGAAUAGGACAGAUUAGCAUACCCCGCUGGGUGAAGUAUUUCCCAAAUAGCAAGAUUGAAUUGCAUGGUUUUUGUGACUCAUCAGAGUCAGCGUAUGCGGCUGCUUUAUACCUAAGGGUAGAAAGUGAAGGUUCUGUUGUCUCUAACUUAUUGGUGGCUAAGUCCAAGGUUGCUCCAUUGAAAAGAACUUCGUUGCCUCGCUUGGAGCUUUGCGGCGCUCUUCUUCUCGCAGAGUUGGUUGGUUCAGUUGUCCCGCAGUUGGAUCUCCCUAAGGCCACUUUGACGGCCUGGUCGGAUUCGACUAUAGUUUUGUCUUGGCUCAAAAAACCGUCGUAUAGUUGGACGACGUUUGUGGCCAAUAGGGUGGCUGUGAUCCAGGAAAAAAUUGGUGAUAAUUGGCGUCAUGUGCCAACGAAUGAUAACCCGGCAGAUUUGGCAACCCGGGGGCGGACUCCUUCUGAGCUGAAGGAGGCUGUUUUGUGGUGGCAUGGGCCAGACUGGCUCAUACGGGACAGGAACGAAUGGCCCACGUGUACAUCGGUACCAGAAACCACCUUGGAGGCAAAACUGGUCAAGGUCCAUCUUGCUCAAUCUGCCAUCCCAGAUGAAGUGUUGGGAAGGUUUUCCCGUUUGUCGACCGCGGUUCACGCUAUAGCAUAUGUGUUCCGCUUUUUCCGCCGGACGCACCCGUCUACAAAGAAGUUGGCCCGCUUUGAGUCUGUCCGUUUGUCAGCAGAAGAGAUAGUUUUCGCUCGGUACAGAUUGAUGUCAAUGUCCCAGAGGAGUCAUUUCCCCCAAGACUACGAUUGUCUCAGCAAGAAGCUACCACUCGAUUCGGGUAGCCCUCUGUUGUCCCUGAACCCGUUCCUUGACCGACACCAGCUUAUCCGAGCAAACGGGCGCCUGGAGAACACGUUGUCUCUGCCAUACGACGAGCGACAUCCGAUUAUCCUGGCGUACAAUAGCCGGUUCGCAGAGCUCUAUGUGGACCACAUCCACCGGCUGACCAAUCACGGCGGCAUUCAGUUGACUCUAGCCACGACGAGGCUUGAGUGUUGGAUCAUCCGAGGGAAGAAUCUCGUGAAGAAUCGCUACCGCAAGUGCGUCAAGUGCGUUAUGGCUCAGAAAAAGCGCCAAGCUCAGCUCAUGGCGGCUCUGCCUCCUGAGAGGACAACCUUUAGCAGACCAUUUGCCACCUCGGGGGUCGAUUUCGCUGGCCCAUUCGAGAUCAAAACGUUUAAUGGUCGUGGCUGUCGAUUGUCUAAAGGAUACAUCUGUCUAUUUGUAUGUUUCGUCACGAAGGCGAUCCAUCUUGAGCCUGUAAGCGAUCUUUCCACUCCCGCUUUCCUAGCUGCGUUGUCCCGAUUUGUUUCCCGACGUGGGUGCCCGCUCCACAUCUAUUCAGAUAAUGGGAAGAACUUUGUUGGCGCCGAUCGAGAGCUCCGAGCGAAUUUUGGGAAGGUUGUCUCUGAGCUGAAAGACGAAGCCGUCGUGAAGUACGGCUUCCAGAAGUUGGAGUGGCACUUCAUCCCCGCCGCAGCGCCUCACAUGGGUGGGCUAUGGGAGGCGGGGGUAAAAAGCUGUAAAGCCCACCUGAAGAAGAUGUCGGGGCAAGUCCGCCAUACAUUCGAGGAGUUUGCCACGAUACUGGCCAGUAUCGAAAGUUGCCUCAAUUCGCGGCCUCUUAGCCCUUUGUCCCACAAUAUUGAUGAUCUCGGUGCACUAACUCCGGGACAUUUCCUCAUCGGAGGACCGUUGUUGGCCCCGGCGGAGCCAGAGAUGUCCGAAAAGAUGUCAUUGCAAAAUCGCUGGCGGCGGUUGAAGUUGUUGGCUCAGGAGUUCUGCCGGCGUUGGAAGUCCGAGUACCUCAAGGAGCUCCAUAAGAGGACGAAGUGGAAGAGGUCUCAAAACGAUCUGCAGUUGGACGAUUUGAUGGCCUAUAACGAGGAGUAUAUGUGCCCCUUCUGUCAUGCCCGCCACGGCUUGAGGAAAUGUCGCACAUUUCUGCAGAUGACGCCCAACCAGAAGGCGGUGUGCGUAAUGGUCCAGCAGUAUUGUGCCAACUGCUUGGGCAUGUCUCAUCAGGCGACAGACUGUCCAUCGCUCGAGGGGUGCAGAAGAUGCCGACAGCACCACCACACCAUGCUGCACCCCAUUGCAGAGGAUACACAUGCCUGGUUAAAAAUGACGGCGGAGAUGUUGGUCCAUAUACCCGGCAUCAUUGAUGUCCCCAUUAAG